UGUUCAAAUCGCUGUCAUGGAAGUGUUUACGACGUGGCAAUGACAACUAUGAAUAUUCAACCUCAAAAGCAAACUUUCUUUGUUUGAGUCAAUUGCUAGGAGUUUCCCAGAUGUUGUAGGCAAGGAGUUGACAUUUUAUAUUCAAUCAUAGGGGACAAUUUGGCGGAGCUCAAUCCCUCGAAAGUUUGUUUGUUCCUGUUCACGCUUUAACGUAAUUAGUUCCAAACAAGUGGUGAGACUUAAAUAUGUUUAAGUCUGUAUCUGUUCACCGGAUAACCGUACUGCUACUUGCUCUAACGAUAUACGGAGCUCACGUGAAAGGAGACGAAGCGCUAGGGGACACGGAGAAUCUGAAGAAAGCGAGUUCGGGACAAAAUGCUGAGGUGGAUACCAGAAAUGAUAGCUGGAUAGAGAACCUGAUGUGGAACCUACUUGGCUAUGCAACAAUUAUCGUCCCCGCGGCUUUUAUCAUCCGUAUGCUCAAGAACUCAAACUUUAAUGAACGAAGUGGUAAGAUGUUUGUUCGUGCUACGUGUACACCCUGUACAUGAUUAAUUCACACCACCAUCAAUUCGCUGUGCUUAAUUGUAUCUUGUUUUAAAAAGUUGUGUUCCGGACUUGUUUAUUUAAUUUUAGACGAAGGUUUUUCUACGUGUUGCUAAUGAACCGUGGCCGUAGUAGCUCGAUAAGCCAGCAAUCAUUCCUUCAUCCUGCUCUAUUUUCAUUUCUCUUUUUAACAUAAAUUUAUACUCAGAAAUUAAGCUUGUUAUUCCGAUGAAAAAAAUAGCAGAGGAAAGGUAAGGGUCACAGGUCGCUUGCUGUCAUUGGCCUUUCUCAAUAAGUUAAAGCCCACAAGUAAAAACAAAAUUCCUUUAGACCUGGCCAAAUGAAAGCUUGUCGCUUACAGAUAUUGACAGUCAGGACAGUCAAGUACCUGUGUCAAGGGUAUACACCCUUCCCCCCCGCCCCCCAACCCCUCAUCCUGGACUUGGGUUAGGAGUGGGGAUUACUUAGGAGAUAUAUCAUGAUCUCUGGAGAUUGCUGCUAAGUUCCCUUGUCCCCUUUUAUGAUUAGUGUCAGGUUGCUCCGACUCAUGUGCUUUCCUUGGUCCAUCUUUUGAGGUAAAGACACUUUCUUGCUCAAGUUUUUCACUUGCCUCCCAUAAUAAUAACAAUUAUUUUUAUGACACAGAUGUUUUUUGUGUGUGACAGAUUUAAGAUGUCUUAUAAAUUAACUGCUGAUUUGUGAAAUUCCUCUCAGGGGUGUCCUGCUUCCUUUUUUAAUAUUAUUCUGUCUAGAUUGUAACUUUUUGUUGGACACACUUGUAAUGCUUAUAAUAAUAUUAAAAGUUUCUUAAACUGGACAAUGUUUUAAGGCCAAAGCGUGUACUUAUGUGAUUGAUUGUUUUGGUAUGUCCUGAGAAUACAGACUACAGUCGGGGGACAUAAGUAUUCGUCACUUUAUAUGGCGGCGUUUGUUUACUUUUUAUGCACGCUAGUUUGAACACUGUUUGGGGCAAAUCUAACUUUAAAAUUAGGGAGAUGACCCUUCAUUUCAAUUACAUUAUUUAGGCGGUCAGGUAUGGACUGGUAAAGGUUUCUUACAUAAUCCAAUUCGAUGUUCCGCGACACGCUGUGGAUUUCACGCAGAAGAUCAUUUUUGGUAGUGAUAUCUACCACAGACUUUUGUAGCUCUCUCUUCAUGUAGAGCCAGAUAUUUUCUAUUAUAUUUAAAUCUGGUGAUUGUGCUGGCCAUUCCAGUGAGGUUUUUUUCAUUUUAAUCUUUGUAAUUUUCUACAGUGUAGGCUCUGUGAACAGGUGCAUUGUCAUCCAUGAACAAGUAUUCUUUUCCUUCAAAAUACCAGACAACUACUGUCCAUAAGUUCUUGUCUAGGAUGUCAAUGUACUUGGCAGAGUUGAUGUUGCCUUCAACUGUAGUCGGAGUUCCAACACCAUCAUAACAAAUACAUCCCCAGAUCAUCAAACUUAUCUUCCGUUCAGAGCGAGAACAAAUAAGAUGUGGGUUGUACUUUUCGUCGUCUUUUUCCCAAAUGUAAACACAGUUGUUUGUACCAAGCAUAACCUGACUUUCAUCUGAAAAUAUUACUUUUUUCCAGUAGUUGUCUACUGUCCGACCUCUUCUCUCUUUACACCACUUGACUCACUUUUUUCGAUUCGCUUCCUGAACCACCAUUUUCUUUUUCGCUAACCUUCUUUUAUACCCAUCCGAAUGUAACACCCUUUGCAUGGUUUUCUGGCUGAAAGCCUUUGUUUUGCACUCCUUUAGCUUUGCAGUAAUGUCCUGUAAGGUAAGUCGUCUGUUACUUUUAACCAAACGCUUUAAAGCAUUUCUGUCUCUAUUUGUAAAGCUCCUUUUCCUGCCACUUCUUGUCAAAGUCUCCACUGUGCCAGUCCUUCGGUACUUGCUUAGAACGCUCAAGAGAGUCGUUCUUGGAAUGUUCAACAUUCUUGACAGUCGGACCACUUUGUUUUGCACAGAUUGCGACAGAGUAAUAAUUAAUUCUUUCUGUGGACAGUUCAGCACCUUUUUCGGCUCAUGAGAGCUGAAAAUAAAUUCUCAUGUGCGAAACAAAAAAAAUACAUAUGACCCUGUUAUAGCGACCUAACCUUGAACUUAAUGUUGAAUGACUGAAUAAGCAAGGUGUCAAAACACAAACAGCUCUUAUUUCUUUUCCUUCGGGAACUGUGCAGUUUUUUUUUUUCGUGCUCUUGCUCAGAUGUUUGUUUGUUUGUUUCUAGUUUUUCUAAUUUUUCCCACCUUUAUUGACCAAACAUGCACCCUGCAUCAAGUUUUCCUGUUGACAGUGUGUACAACAGGAGUAAAAAUUUUCGUGCAUCUUUUUUGAAAGUGACGAAUACUUAUCUCCCUUGACUGUAUUUCUUUUUGCUUUCUUAGGAACUGGCUGCUUGUUCCGCUCAAUUCAGCUGUGUGUGUUUGGUACUCCUCAUGUAGAAUCUGCAGAUGUUGAAGCGGGUGGUAACAAAGGAGGUUCUUCAAAGGAUGAAAGCUCACCUCCUUCAAGUUUUUCUCAAACAAGCAUCAAGCUCUUAUUUUGUGCAGCUGGUUUGCAAUUGUCAUACCUCACCUGGGGUGUCCUACAAGAGCGCAUAGUGACAAAGACUUAUGAAGAGCACCUUCCAGAUGGCUCAGUCAAAUUAGUGAAAUUCACAAACUCUCAGUUCCUAGUAUUUGUAAAUCGUUCACUAGCUUUAGUUGUAGCAUCAGUUUGUAUAUUAUUCACUCGCCAGCCACGCCACACUGCACCCCUUUACAAGUAUUCCUAUUCGUCCUUUUCAAAUAUUAUGAGCAGCUGGUGUCAAUAUGAGGCCCUUAAAUUUGUCAGCUUUCCAACCCAAGUUCUUUGUAAAGCAUCCAAGAUCAUUCCAGUAAUGAUCAUGGGCAAGAUAGUGUCCAACAAAUCUUACCCCUAUCAUGAAUAUGUUGUUGCUGUUCUACUCUCUGCAGGCGUGAGUCUCUUUCUCUUGGCGGCAGAUCCAUCAGGGAAGCGAACAUCUGCUGCUACCACUUUUUCAGGAGCUAUAAUACUUCUGGGAUACAUGGCAUUUGAUAGUUUCACUUCCAACUGGCAAUCAGAACUGUUCUCAGUAUACAAGAUGUCAACCAUCCAAAUGAUGUUUGGCGCAAACCUGUUCUCUUGCCUCUUCACAGUAUGGUCAAUGAUUGAGGGUGGAAAUUUUUUAUCAGCAGUUGGGUUUAUGAUGAGCCACCCUGAGUUUGCCUACCAUGCGACAAUACUGUCACUGACUUCAGCGACAGGGCAGCUUUUUAUUUUUUACACCAUACAGUCUUUUGGGCCAGUUGUGUUUACCAUCAUCAUGACCAUUAGAAUGAUGUUGAGUAUCAUGCUGUCGUGCAUUAUUUAUAAUCACCCAUUGUCCGCUCAAGCUCUUUUGGGGGUUAUUGUUGUCUUUGUUGCUCUGUUUUUGCGUGUGUAUGCUAGGUAUCGUGCAAAACCUUCUACAAAGGGGUAA